AUGAUCGCUUUUCGAUUAGGAUCUGCGAGAUUUCGCCAAUCGAUGACUGCUAGACAUGUGCUUUGUGUGAUUUAUGCAAUAAUCACCAUUUUAUUGCUUAUCUUGUGGUUUUUAUUUCUUGAAGAUAUCCAAGAUCUCUCUUCCUUUGCUCCCACAUACGGGCAAGCAAAAGAAAUGAGUUACGAGCACAGUGAUGAAUAUUUGAGGCAACAAGGGAAACCACCAACCGAGAAACCGUACUCCGAUUUCGGGCAACGUUUCAUGAACAAUCAAAACAAAACGAUCGACAAACGGUUGAAUAUCUUGAUGUUGAUUGUUGUUCAAAAAGGCACCGAUCUAAAGACGUACAGCAAUGCGCUCGGUUCGAUGAAAUGCUAUGCGCAAAAGCAAGGAUAUCAUUUUAAAGUGAUCGAAGAUGCCGAGUAUCCGAUGUGUCAACAAAAAGAUUUCAUGUUCCGCCGGCAUUGUGUUGUGCUUCAAUUCCUACCCAACUAUGACUAUAUUGUGUUCUUGGAUGGAGACAUGGCUGUGGUCAAUCCGAAAAGGCGUUUCGAGGAGUACAUCGACCCAACAGCCGACAUCACAUUCUAUGAACGAAUCGACAAUUGGGAGUUCGCCGCUGGAAGCUAUUUGGCGAAGAAUUGCGAGUGGACAAAGGAGUUUUUAAAGUUAUUUGCCGACUACGAGCAACAGAUACCGAAGAGUUUUCAUGGAACGGAUAAUGGAGCUUUGCAUAUCUUCAUCGCCGAGCUGAUGUACCCAGAUUUGCACGAGGAUUUAAAGACUUGUUGGUCGGUUUAUCGUCAAUCAAAAAACUACGACACUCUAUUCACCUAUGAAGCCUGUGUGCGCAAUGUGAUGGGAUUCCGGAGGAAAAUCGAGAAUAUCAAAAUUAUGGAAAAGGGCACUUCUUGGGUUCGGGAUAUAUGGUUGACGGAUUCUCGAUGGUGUCUAGAGAAAGAUUUCAUGCUACACGCUCUUCAGCAACAACGACGAAUCGGUUUUCAGGAGAAAAUACUCGAUCGUGCAAAUAUGGGCGCUCGUCACCUUUACUACUAUGAUCCAUUCGAGAAAAAUGUUGAUUGGACAAAAUGUGAAAAAGAGGACUUCAAAUGGCCGCUAGAUGAGAGAUUGAUUGUUCCCGCCUCGACAAUCACGGAAAUAAUUGAGAAAAUAAAACGGGAACGCGAGAAGAAACGCUGGAAAUUCAGUGGAUACGUAGAGAAAUUUAUCAAAGCU